CUUCGUGUGUAGACGUGGUUGCAGGAAUAAGAAACAGAGUCAUAGCUCUUCCUGCUCCUCGGUCCCUGUGCUCGGUGGUGCUGAUGAGAGAGGAUUUGAGUCGCUACUUUCGCAAGCCCCGCCCCCAGUGAGAGAGCGAGCACGGCUGACAGUGAUCCAAGGCAAGGCAUGCUUGUGAGUAGGCUGCAGCCCAUCCAGACACUACACCGACCGGACCAGUUUGGGAUAUGCUCUGCGUAUACAACUCUCCAUCUGUUCUGCGCCUCAUAACUGCACUUGAAUUUGCUUUGAGGUCAUUUCAAACAAGAAAACACCGUCAAAAGGGUUGCUUUUUGCUUUUCUUUUUAAAUUGCUUUUUGAAUUUGGCUGUAGUCUCUUCCAAAAACUCGUAGUUGUCCAUAAUUGCAAAAUGCUUCGCCUACAAGAGUCGCUUUGAAUGUAGGUAUUGACGCCGGUGGUGUGCACACUCCUCUUUACGGGGAAAAAAAAGGGAAUAUUGUCUACAGGAGAUUUUUUUUUUUUUAAUCUAAAAAUUCUUCAUCUUUCGGAAGCGCAUUAUUUUUGUCUUCACGAUGUCUGACUCUAACGCGGAAUGCAAUAUCAAGGUGUUGUGUCGAUUUCGCCCUCUGAACAAGUCCGAAAUCACACGAGGAGAUAAGUUCAUCCCAAUAUUUCAAAGAGAGGACACUGUCAUCCUCGGGGGGAAGUCGUACGUGUUUGACCAGGUGUUUCCCACCAACACCACACAGGAGCAGGUCUACAACAUCUGCGCCAAGCAGAUUGUCAAAGAUGUACUGGGUGGAUACAAUGGAACCAUCUUUGCCUAUGGGCAGACCUCCUCGGGGAAAACGCACACCAUGGAGGGGAACCUUCAUGAUCCCCAGGGAAUGGGAAUCAUCCCCCGUAUCGCAGAGGACAUUUUCGAACAUAUAUUUGCCCUGGAUGAGAAUCUGGAGUUCCACAUUAAGGUCUCCUACUUUGAGAUCUACAUGGAUAAAAUCCGGGACCUGCUGGAUGUGACGAAAACCAACCUGUCAGUGCACGAAGACAAAUACAGAGUUCCUUAUGUAAAGGGCUGCACAGAGCGAUUUGUCACCAGCCCCGAGGAAGUGAUGGAUGUGAUAGAUGAAGGGAAGGCCAACCGCCACGUUGCUGUCACCAACAUGAAUGAGCACAGUUCUCGCAGCCACAGCAUCUUCCUGAUAAACAUUAAACAAGAAAACGUGGAGACGGAGCUAAAGCUAUGUGGAAAGCUGUACCUGGUCGACCUAGCUGGUAGUGAGAAGGUCAGUAAAACAGGUGCAGAGGGAUCAGUGCUGGAUGAGGCCAAGAACAUCAACAGGUCUCUGUCAGCUCUGGGGAACGUCAUCUCAGCUUUGGCCGAGGGAACGAAAUCCCACGUGCCGUACCGUGACAGCAAAAUGACUCGCAUCUUACAGGACUCGCUGGGCGGGAACUGUCGCACCACCAUGUUCAUCUGUUGCUCUCCCUCCAGCUACAAUGACGCAGAGACUAAAUCUACCUUGAUGUUUGGCCAAAGAGCCAAGACCAUUAGAAAUACUGUAUCAGUGAACCUGGAGCUCACAGCCGAGCAGUGGAAGAAGAAGUACGAGAAGGAGAAGGAGAAGAACAGGUCAAUGAAGGACACAAUUCAAAGACUGGAGGCUGAGCUGAACAACUGGAGGAGCGGUGAGGAUGUUGUUGUGUUGGAGCCUCUGAGCCCACAAACUGAGGACGUCCCCCAGGUCCUUCCUGAGUCUGAGGAGCCCGGUCUCGACAUCUGCAGCCCAUGCUCUGACGCCUCCUCCAUUGUGGUGCACAUCUCUGCGGAGGAGCGGCAGAAGUAUGAGGAGGAGAUACGCAAGCUUUACAAACAGCUUGAUGAAAAGGAUGAUGAGAUCAACCACCAGAGCCAGAUGGUGGAGAAACUGAAGGAGCAGAUGCUCGACCAGGAGGAGCUUUUAGCAUCAUCCAGAGGGGACAGUGAGAAGGUUCAGUCAGAGCUCGGCAGGCUGCAGACAGAGAACGAUUCCGCCAAGGCCGAGGUCAAAGAGGUCCUCCAGGCCCUGGAGGAGCUGGCAGUCAACUACGACCAAAAGAGCCUGGAGGUGGAGGAGAAGAGCGUGCAGAACAAGCUGCUGGCUGAAGAGCUUGCAAAGAAAAUGGCUCACCUCAUGGCUUUGGAGGUGGAGCUGUCCCGCAUCCAGGCAGCGAGCAGCCACCAAAGGAAACGCAUCGCUGAGAUUCUCAACGGGCUGAUGAGGGACCUAAGCGAGUUCAGCACCAUUGUUGGAAACAGAGACAUCAAGCUGCCCAUGGAGAUCACCGGGGCUAUCGAGGAGGAGUUCACCGUGGCUCGCCUCUACAUCAGCAAAAUCAAGUCAGAGGUGAAGUCCAUGGUGAAGCGCUGCCGUCACCUGGAAAACCUGCAGAUGGAGUGUCACCGCAAGAUGGAGGAGACGGGCAGAGAGUUGUCCUCAUGCCAUCUCCUCGUGUCACAGCAUGAGGCAAAGAUCCGCUCUCUAACGGAGUACAUGCAGAGUGUGGAGAAGAAGAAGAGACAGCUGGAGGACAGCUACGACUCCCUGAGCGAAGAGCUGGCCAAAAUCCAAGCUCAAGAGAGCGUGUCACAGGUGACCAGAGGGGAGAAUCACACAUCUGACCUGGAUUCCUCUGAUAUAAAGAGGGCUCUGGAGCAGCAGAUGGAGUCGCACCGUGAGGCACACAGCAAACAGCUGAGCCGCCUGCGAGACGAGAUCAAUGAGAAGCAGAAGAUCAUUGAUGACUUAACCGACUGCAACCAGAAACAGCAGCUGGAGUUGGAGCAACUGCACUGUGACUUUGAAUGUCUGAGGAUCCGAGAGCAUCACAAGAGCCGGCAGCUGGAGGAACUGACAUUUCUUCAUGAGCGACAUGAGCAGUCAAAGCAGGAUCUCAAAGGGCUGGAGGAGACUGUUGCUCGUGAGCUUCACACCCUGCACAACCUACGCAAGCUUUUUGUUCAAGACCUCACGACUCGAGUUAGAAAAAGUGCACAGAUGGAGCCUGAUGACAGUGGGGGAUACAUCACUCAGAAACAGAAGAUUUCCUUUCUUGAAAACAACCUGGACCAGCUUACAAAAGUUCACAAGCAGCUGGUACGUGACAAUGCAGAUCUUCGCUGUGAACUUCCAAAACUGGAGAAACGUCUUCGGUCUACUGCUGAACGAGUCAAGGCGCUUGAAGGUGCGCUGAAGGAAGCCAAGGAAGGAGCCAUGAACGACCGCCGCCGCUACCAGCAGGAAGUGGAGCGAAUCAAAGAUGUGAUGAGGGUUCGCAAUCCCUUCCGCCGGCCCCAUGCAGCACUGAUAGCCAAGCCUGUGCGUCCCGGCCACUAUACACCAUGCUCUCCAACAAACCCGUUCUUCGUUCGAGGCUACAGCGAUAACCCCGCUGCCUUCCUCCGAGCUGAUUUCCACAACAGCAACAACAAAGAAGCGGCUUCUCCUGCUGCUGCUCCUGCUGCUGCUCCUGAAACACCAGAGAGUGAGCCGAGGUUACCUGAGACAAACUCCAACCAGAACAGCCCCUCCAAACACCUCGACGCCAAAAACAACGAUUCGACUGACAACGUCUCUCAGAACAACAUGCUUUCAGAUGAACCCACGACCCAAACAGUCAAGAACACUGCAGAGAUGCUCGAUUCAGAAAAUGGAAACACCACAGAUAUCAAUGACAACAGCAUGUGUCUCAAUGUGUAUUCUGUGUCCAGACCUGACAUCUGUGACAACCAGGAUCCAGCCAGACUCUACAGCCUGCAGCCUGAGGCGACAACCAGCUAAUAGUCCUGAGCAGGCAGACAUUCUCUCUGAGGCCUCCUCUGUUUAUUUGCAUGCAGCUGAUCACUGUCCUCUUAGCCUCCCCUCCCUCACCCACCCUCACCUGCUGUAAGCAGCCCCUCUCUGCCUCUCCCGUGUUCCCUCUCCUCCCCUUGCUUGCUCCUCCUCUUCAAUCCCUUCUCCUUCCUGUACAAUGAUAUGGGCUCUUUGUGGGUAUCAGUGGGACAUGUGGCAAACUCUGCAUCUCAAAUGCCCGACCUGGCAGCUUACACCCACAGUGCUGCCCAUCCCAGCCUGCGACUUGGAAAAAAACGAGACUACUCAGAGAAAGGUGGAGAAGAAGCUGCAGUGCUUUAGGGAACCACUAGGAAGUGCUGUUUGUCUCGGCAGGGUGUGACCAUACACAUGAAGUACAUUCAUCAAUGAGCUGAGAGCUACUAUCAUCAUUAUUAUUCUACAAGAUGAUUACAGAUCUCUGAAAACAGUGUGAACCCGUGAGCUCAUGUUACUAGUAUUCAUACUUUUGACUCUGCAUGUUGAUUUUUGAUGUUGGUGUUCAAUUUCUCUUGGAAAACACAGGAAAAAGAAAAAGAGAGCUAUUGAGACAACAUUGUGACACAAUGUUUUCAUUAAAACACCAGAAGGAGAUAAGCACAGUUCAUCAGUAUAAACGGGGAGUCUAAUACAUUUUUUGUUUUUUUGUUAUGGUCAACAAAUCUCAUGAAAAGACGGAAACCAACAAUGCAUGUUUUUGUGUCUCAGGCUCGAGCAAACUGAAAACGUAUUAUCUACAAAGCAGCCAUUGAUUUGUUGUUUCAUUUCAGCUGUGUGCUCUAGACUUAGACAACUAAAAAAAAAGAAAUUAAAAACCAACUUUUAAUGUCAAAUCAUCUAUUUGGGACAUAAGCUGUGGAUUAUUACAUAUUUGAUUUUUACAGUAACACAGGAAGGCGUAUUUGUGGCGCACUUAAAAUGAUUUCGCUUCUUUGUGAUAUUGAAAGUAUGUCAUCCUGUGCAGCAGCGUGGUUCAUUGAUGUGUUUUAAUUUGAACAAUGGAGACGGUUGGCACACAGGAAUACACUAGUAGUACACCAAGCUUUACAUUCAUUGUUGGUUUUUGUCUUUUAAUGGCAAAUCAAGAAUUUCAACAGACUUCUCGUCUUAAAGGAAGUUUAAACAUUGGGCAGUUUCAAUCCUAAUUGAAAGCAGUAUUGCUUGUUUUUGAGCCCCCCCCCCGACCCCCACCCAUAUCCAUCUGCGUAUAUCAGGCUAACUUUGGUAUUUUUUAGAAACAGUGUCACCAGUCAAUACCUGCAGUAGUUGAAAAUGGGCCACGCCUUAAUGUAGACAAUUUCUAUGAUUUAAAAUGGAGCAAAGACAAGUUAGGUUCAUACAUACAAGUGUCAUUCAGUAUCAGAGACCUUACAACUCUUAAAGACACACAUUUUGUAUUUUGUUACUCUCAAAGAAUGUUUUUCAGAUAGUUAAAUUUAAUAUAACAAAGUCAUUAUUAUCUUAUAACAUCUAUAGAAGUAAACCAAAUUAGUGACCUCCUUCAGAAGUUCAUCAAUCACACUUUUCAUAAAACCUUGAAAACUUAAAAAAGUGGUAAACAUCAGUCAUCCACAGUACGUCUGACUGUAGCUACACUGCACUGGUUUGAACUCGUCUGAAAAGCCACUUCAUCAAGUGUUAAAAGAAGAUUCCUGAUUGUUUUAAAAGACUGUGCUGUAUUAAAGAGACUUAUAAGCUGUCAAUUAUUCCUGUAAGACUUGCCUGUUAGGGAUCGGAUGUGUAAUAUUUAGUCAUUGUCAUGACAACCAAAAGCAUGGCAGAGAGGGGAAAAAAUAUUUGUGUAGCAACUAUUUUUAUACUGCUAAUUAUAUUUAAAAAAUAUAUAUCUAUUAAUGAUCAUUUGCUUUAUUUCAAAUGCUAUUUAUUUGCUAUUUAUACUUAAUUUAUAGGAGUUGAUGAAUGUGAAGCAUACUGGGUUUUUUCUGAUGUGUUACUGUUUCCUGUUGACCUUGUUUCUUACACUGCAGAAUGCUUUGGAUUCAGAUUUGUCACUGAAUGAAAAAGAGAUGAUGGUUCUUUAUGAACCUCCUCAGACUGAAACCAAAGCCUUGACUGUAGUGACUCUUCAGUAGUCCAUACAACCUCAAGGGUUACUGUAGGUUAUCAAGAGCUGAUAUAGUCCUGUCUUAUCCCUCUGACACACACACACACACACACACACACACAUUCAGUUAAAGCACCUCAUCAGCCAAUGAGGUGUUUGACCUUUGAUGCCAAAAUAUAACUAUGUCACAUGUUCUGUAUUACCUGGGUGCAGUUUACGGCGAUAAGGUAGUUGACUCUUUACACAUACGCUGACGGUCUCUUACACGCUGCCCCUCAGACGCUCUCUGUUUACCUCCUGAUCAGCCAGUCAGGGAGAGAGUCAAGGAUGACAGUAUAAGGGCCUUUGUGUUUGUGUGUUUAUGUGUGUGUUUAUGUGUGUAUUUUGCGAUAAAAUAGUAGCUGCAUCUUCUUAAUGAAGACUCUUAUUCUUUGACUUCAAUUACAGUGCCAAUAUUUUUGUAUGAGGAUAUCUAUGAAAUAUUUACAGGGUAUUAACUGUGUUGGCAUGAUAGACGAGUUUCAGAAAGCGGUCUAAAAAAUUGUGCUUAGGAGCGGCUUAAAAAUAAGUUAGGUGUUUUUCAUACCAAGCAGUUCUGGGGACUUUUUGAGGAGGAGUAAUCUUCUAGGCAGUUCAAUAAGAACUACGCACCAUGGGAACUUUUUUUCUGUCUGCAUUCACACCGCCAUGCUACCUAUUUUGAAGCAGGAGCUAAAAAGGUUCCUCUUAACAGGGUUCUAGGACCUGAAGUAGUUUAUAGUUCCUGCGGUGCAGAAUGAAUAAAAAAAGAGGAAGGUUCAAAGUUUCCCUAGAACUAUGAAGAAGUAAAUGUUAAAUAAUUAAAGGUGAGGGGAAUCACAGGCUCAGGAGCCAUGCCAAUAAAAGAUCCAGACAACGUCUGAUAUAAGUUGGUUUAAAAAUACUUUUAUAUUACCUCUGAGAGAUAAUGUAUGUAGAGAUCUGUCCCCUCAAUAGUCAAAGAUAUCCCAGUGUUACAGGCCAAAGAAGCUGUUUUUUCUGCUACAUUACUUUUGAUUGUGAGGUAGAUAUUUCAUUACUGCAUUAUUAUUUCAUUACUGUGCUUUAAAAUUGCGUCCCAUCGUAAUAAAUAGAAGUUAUUAGUUUGUAGCAGCUAACUGUGAAGUUUAACACAUGUUUUCCACUACAACAUAUAAUGUGCACCAUGUUAAUUAUAAGAAGAACUACAUUCAUUCAAAACAAGCAUCAAAACUAAUUUCACUGAGGUAUCCACACUGUUGAAUUAUUUUCCUUUCUCUGAGGUGCAACAACUGGCAGGACACAACAACAUCAUCAGGACAUAUGAAACUGUUUUAAAGUCUCUUAUACUCUUGUCUUCAUCCUCUGUUCUCCCCUCUAAAGUUUCAUUCUAAAUGGUUACCCUGUAAAUACGUCAUGAUACCCUCCAUAUACAAUAUUUCAUUGUAAAGAGAGCUGUGAUCUAAAGUAUUAUUAACAGACUAUUUUCUUAACACAUUAAGGCUAAUCAGAAAUACAUGAAGCACUUUAUCACUCUUUUCUUUUUCUUCUUUGUCACUCUUCAGAAGCCUUGACAUAGAGUAUUCAACGCUGCUGUGGAAAUUGAUUUCUUCCAAAGGGAUAUAAAAAAAAGGUCACUGACCUACAGAAGCUUUACAUUAUCACUGCAGUUGAGUGUGUUUACACAACCUCUAAAAAUCGUGAGUUGAAUGUGGAUGACCUUUUUAUGUCAAUGAAGACCACAAAGAAAAACAACUUUUCUCCUGACAUGCACUCAGGUGGUGUACUGAACUGUAGAUGUCUGGACUGAUUGAGUGUAUAACAUUUUAUUUUCAGUCUUAUUAUUUUGUUUGUCUAACUGUAACCAAUCUGAAAAUAUUCUGGCAAGGUAAAUAAUGUGUGAAACUGUAGCCUAAAUAUGCAGGACUAAAACAAUGACAAGAAUGGAAGGGUGGUUUUAAAAAAAAAAGGUUGAGAUGUCAGUGUUUGUUUGUACUUCUGUGCGUUGGUUGGUUUGUUUAUGGCGUGUGACUUAGUGCAUGCAGUGCUUUCUUCUGUAGCUGCUGAGAAACAGUACUGUUGUCUCAUAAAACUCCUUUCAAUAAACAUGAUCCUGUGUACAUAUUGUAAUGAUA